AUGGAACCAGGGAAUACCACACAAAUUACAGAAUUUUAUCUUCUGGGACUUUCAGAAGAACCAGAAUUGCAACACAUCAUAUUUGGGAUUUUCUUCUCCAUGUACCUAAUCACAGUGAUUGGAAACCUGCUCAUCAUCCUGGCCACCAUCUCAGAUUCCCACUUGCACACACCCAUGUACUUCUUCCUUUCCAACCUGUCCUUUGCUGACAUCUGUUUCUCCUCCACCACUGUCCCAAAUAUGCUGGUGAACAUCCAGACACAGAGCAAGGUCAUCACUUACGCAGGCUGCAUCACCCAGAUGGACUUUUUUCUACUAUUUGCAGGGUUGGACAUCUUUCUGCUGACUGUGAUGGCCUAUGACCGAUAUGUGGCCAUUUGUCACCCCCUGAAGUACACAAUCAUCAUGAACCCCCAGCUCUGUGUAUUGUUUAUCCUUACUGCCUGGAUCAUGAGUGUCCUGAAUUCCUUGUUACAUAGCUUAAUGGUGUCACAGCUAUCCUUCUGUACAGAUUUGGAAAUACCCCACUUUUUCUGUGAACUUAAUCAGGUGGUCCACCUUGCCUGUUCUGACACCUUUCUUAAUGAAAUGGUGAUGUAUUUUACAUUGGGGUUUGUAGGUGGUGGAACAUUUUCUGGUAUCCUUUGUUCUUAUUCUAAGAUAGUUUCCUCUAUACGUAGAAUCUCAUCCACGCAGGGGAAGUAUAAAGCAUUUUCCACCUGUGUCUCUCACCUCUCAGUUGUGUUCUUAUUUUACUGUACAAGCAUGGGUGUGUACCUUAGUUCUACUGCUUCCCACAGCUCAUACUCAAGUGCAGCAGCCUCAGUGAUGUACACUGUGGUCACCCCCAUGCUGAACCCCUUCAUCUACAGUCUGAGGAAUAAAGACAUAAAAAGAGGUCUGAAACAAUUAAUCACAAGAAAGCAAUAA